AUGCCCCUUGCUAACUGUGGUCGUACUGGAUGUCGGUUCCCCAUCAAAUUGGAUAAAAUCGUGUGCUGCGCCUGCUCCACCGCAUUUCAUCCACAAUGCUCCGACCUUUGUCCGGAGGACUUCGUUGAUAAGUCUGGUAGUGGCAACUGGUACUGUCCCACCUGCGCCGUCGAGAUAACUGCCGAGGGUGACCGUGUGACUGGUGUCGUUAAUGCACAGUCCACUGACAUUGGUUCUCUUCCCCACUCAUUCCCCAUUGCUUAUGUUACCAGCAAUCCCAACAAACUGCGUGAGACUAUCGAAAUUCUUGGGGAGGAGUACGCUGGAAUGCUGAAGCAGGUGGAUGUGGACUUGCCGGAAUACCAAGGAAGCAGCCCGGAAGAGAUCGUUCGUCUCAAAUGCUACCAUGCCGCGAAGAUAGUUGGCGGACCGGUGUUGGUGGAGGACACAUGCCUUGCCUUUGACGCUUUGAAUGGUCUUCCUGGUCCCUACAUUAAGUGGUUCCUCAGGGCCGUUGGACCUGAGGGUAAGUAUCACAAGUUCAAGUGCAGUGUAUUCGACCCUUAUUCUCCUUUUCAUUGUGCUUUGACUUAA